GAAAUUACAAUGGGAUUUUUCUUUUUCUUCUUUCCAGGUGGUUGGAAAGCUUCCUUAAGAACUCCAGAGGCAGAUGAGGCUUGAUUUUGCCAGGGUUGCAGCACUGCAUUGUUGGGGAGAUUGAACCAUGUUCCUGCAAAACCCAAAGCGAAGCCAGAACUUCCCUGCCAUUUUAACCCAAGCUGAACCAAAUCGCCCAGGCCUUUCCUCUUCUCCGGAUCGAGGCGGAAGAGAACUCCAAGGCCCCAUGAUGGAGGCAGGGAAGUCAGGCCCUGUGCGUUCUUCUUCCUGGCCUCAAGAUCAGCCUGGAACCUCGAGUGAGGCCUUGGAGGAGGCGCGCCAGGCUCCGGCAGCCUCCCAACAGAGCAGCCAAGGCAGCCUGGCCCCUUUGCCGAAGAAGAGGUCCUACAGCACGGAGAUGUUCAGCAUGUGGAGAGACAUCCGCUGGUUCCAGAUCCCGCUGUCUUCUUUGCGGAGGCCCAAAGCGGGGCUGUUCAGCUUCACCUUCCAGUCCAGUCUCCAGGAGUACCAGCAGGUCCGGAAGUCCAAGCGACUGAAGGUGGGCCGGCCAUUCUCCGUGCUGCCGCUUCCGGGCUUACCUUCGACGCUGGAUGAUUGUCCCCGGGAAGCUCCACACAAGCGGAAUGACAGUCGCAGAUGCUUGAGAGCCGGGAAGGCUAGAGGCAGGAAAAGCCUCUCAUCUCUCAAAAAAGGACAUCAGGCUUCAGGAGGAUUGAACACAAGGUUACAGAAGUGCCUGACAGCCACCCACAUUAUGCCCAAGAGUUAUAUCUUCUGCUCAAAAGCUCCUCAAGGAGAAAAGAAAGAGUCCAGUGGUUGCUCUGGCAAGAAAUGGAGGAAAGGUCUGGCUCUGAAAGCUCAGAGCCUCCCAAGCAGGUCUCCUUCUGCCUGCUCCACAGCAGAGACUGAUGGAAGUAGUGACCAAUUUGGGAUUUGGGAUGGUACCCGCUCUCAGUUGGAAGAAGACGAUGGGUUCCCUCCUGACUGGAGUCCGCCGCGGAUUGAUUUCAUGUAUGAGAAUCCUCCUCCUUUGAGCCCUGCUCCUGGGCCUUUGUCUGCAUCACAGAGCUCCGGAGAGAUGCCAGAUAUCACCAAAGGGCUUGAUAAGUUGCCACCAAGGGAGUGUGCAACAGUGGCCUCCUCUCCAACCGAAAGCCAUUUGCUGUUCCUUGAGGAGUCUGUCGACAUGCAGGAUGUGGUGCAUGAAAGUGAGGAAGUGGGAAGUCCAGACCGUCCCUUGAGCAACUUGUGUCCAGAGGGAAAUGAGGAGCAAGAAGGUAACAUGUUUGAGGACCAAAGCCCGGCCAAUGACCAGAUGGCCUUGGACUUGGAAGAUCAUCCAUCAUUACUAUCUCCCAUCCAUCCGCUGCCCAUUGUCCAUGUCAGAAGCAGUAUCUCAACCACCUUGGAGGAGUUUUCAGGGGCCCCCAAGGGGCUGGUUUAUGAAUCAGAUGCAGUGGAGGAGGAAUCGGGGCCAGAAUAUCCCACUGCUUUCAUCCCAGUGACCUUAUCCAGGAUGUCCUGUGAAGGCAGUGCCUCUGCAUCCAUGGAUGAGCUUUCUGGUGGGUCUGAGGGGUCGGACGUGGAGGAAGACAAUGAUGACGGGGACCUCUUGCCCCUUGAAGAACUCCUUUGGACCAGCAACACAAAUUCAAGUGCUGUAAAAACAAAAACAACGUUCCUUUCACCAGAGCAGGAUUGUUUCCUCAGCAAUCUGGACAAACUUCUGGAAGAGAAAAGAGAACAAACCUGGGAGGAGGAAGAGCUGGAAAGAAGUGUGGGGGAGAAACUGCGGCUAUCUAGUUCACCCAGUUCCAUGGAGGUGGCCAAAGGGAACACGGCCUUUCAGUUUACAGAGGCUCACAGGUUGAUACUAGAGAAGUUCCCCAUGAAUCGGGGCAGCAUCGCAGCCGUACACCCCGGAGAAAACAUUUUUGGGCUCUCCCCGUCCUCUAGGACAGCUCUGGCUCUGGACAUCACUGGGCUGAGGCCACAGAAUGAGCUGGAAGGACUUUUCUUCAGAUCCCCAUUCAACCGGCAGAUGGUGCUCCUCAAAGAUGGCGUCCUCAGAGUCCUGUACCGGGGAACGUCCAGGUGCCCCCAUGCUGUCCUGCGUUGGUUGUUCCAGCUGAUGACUUUGAACCCAGGUGUCUCAGCAAGCGCUUUCCACACCCUCUGGGAAAUUAGUAUUGAUCAGAUGGCUUCAGCAGAUAAAGGCAACAUAGACCUUUGGUGUCCAGUGCUGAAAGACAUCGCCCAAGCCUUCUACAAUUUAGGAGCCUGUGCUUCCACCUUGGAUCCCACUGGGCUUUUUCAGCCAGAGUUUGGAGCUAAAGACUCAGAGUUUCCAGAACAUCUUUUUGGAGCUGCAGGGAUUAAAAGGGAGGUGAUUGAGGAAGCCCCUUCCCCAUUUGUCUUAGCAGCAACGCUGGGCAACAUAUGUAAGUUCCUGACAUUGUGUGCAGCAUCCCAUCCUCACCGCUAUUUGGACCGAGAGCGCCUGGCCCUCCUCACGCUGCUCUGCCGGGUUGGACUGGACAGGAACCUUUGCAAGCAGCCCAAUGUGGACCUCCAGCAGCUGCUGCUCUUCCUGCUUGAAGGUGUUCAGGACUGGCCUGGAAAGCUGCCUGAAUUGUGCGAGUCCCUUUGCCACGUCUCUUUGCAUCACCACAAUAUGGUUGCCGUUGUGCGCUCCUUUCCCGACACCACACCCAGGGGACGACAACUACGCAGAAACUUGAGCCUGUGCUUCAUGGCCAAGCUGCUUGGAAAGGCCCAAAUAGCGAGGAGCCUCCUUCAGAAAGAGAAUCAGUUGGAGCAGCUUGGCCAUCUCCUCCCCCUGAUGAAGCCUGCUGCUCUGAAGAAAGGCUUGCAGAUGGAGCUGAGACUCGCAGAGCAUCCCGGGAGAGGCCAGUUGGAGGCGCUUGCUGAACUUGACCAAGAGGCCUGCUACCUGUGCUAUAGCCUCCUGACUUUGGCCAACGCAAUUGUGACUAACCAAGCUGUGCCUUCAAGACACCAGGGGACCCUCUCUCAGCUCUGCAUCCAGCUGCAGCAACACAUCAGUGCCACCGUCCGAGAGGACUCGCGCCUCAUGUACCGGACGCAGCUCAAGGAUCUGGCAGCACGCACUUACAUCAAAUGGCAGGGGCUUCUGACGCAGGGCUGGCUGCGGACCACGCUCCCUGCAGGGCCAGAAUAAACACUUCUGGUGGGACACAUCUGAGGAUUUCUUUGCCAGAGAGGAUCCUGUAAACCAGUCCUGCAAACGUCCAGCAAAAUGUGAUGGAGAGAGAAGCCGGUGGGAGAGUCCAGCUUGCCUUCCCCUCACCCUGUUCUAUCUCUGUUUUUCCUUCUCUCCCGCUUUCCCAAGUUUUGCCAUUUUAUCUCAGGGUUUGCAAUCUUUUUCUGUUUUUCCACAAAAGCCCACAGUUCUUGCAAGGGCUAAGCCAACAACGUUUGCUAUUUAUUUAGACAACCUUGCGCCUUUAAGAAGCCUGCUUUCAAAGCAAACACUCGGGGAAGGAGAGUCGCACCCCGCCCUGCGCCAACCAGGCCAAAAUAAAUGUCAUUUUUAAUGGA